AUUUCGUUUUACCUUCAACUACUCACGAUCUGGUAAGCCCUCGACCAUCGCUGCAAGUUUGAACGCGGUGUGGGAUAAACAACGCCGUCAACAUUGGCACUGAAGCUGUUAAAAACAAAACGGGUGCUCCCGUUGAAAGCAGCACAACUUUACCCGACAGGACAGGCCAGGGAUCAUUGGCUUCGAUCUCAAUACUUUGUUUCGGGAGAAUACCGUUUGCUAACACUGCAGCCUCCACCUAUCCAUCAAAGGAAAAUGGUUAAAAAUAAAAUCACAGAAAUCACUGGAUUCCAUCGCUCUUUCAAGGGCCAGAAUCCCUUUGAGAAUGAUGAAUUUACUAGAAAUCAAUCCCUUGAUUCCACCUUCAAAUUUGAUUCAUCUGAUAGACAUGAUAUUCCCUCUAGCGAGCCUAUUGACAUCCCUGAUGCCAAGAAGAGAAAUAAGAAGAAAAAGCGGUGCAGGGCAACUGAUAGCUUCUCUGGUCGUUUUGAUGAUGUCUACAGACUGCAGGCAGAGGUGCUUGGAGAGGGGGCAUAUGCAAGAGUUCAGACCUGCGUAAACCUCAUCACCAAUAAAGAAUAUGCUGUGAAGAUCAUUGAGAAGAGACCAGGUCACAGUCGCAGUCGUGUCUUUCGAGAGGUGGAGAUGCUGUACCAGUGCCAGGGUCACAGAAACAUCCUGGAGCUUGUGGAGUUCUUUGAAGAGGAAGACAAGUUUUACUUGGUGUUUGAAAUGCUGAGAGGAGGCUCGGUCCUAGCUCACAUCCACAGGAGACGGCACUUCAGUGAGCAGGAAGCCUGUGUUGUUGUGCAGGACAUUGCCAGUGCUCUGGAUUUCCUGCAUAACAAAGGAAUGGCACAUAGAGAUCUGAAGCCGGAAAACAUCUUGUGUGAGCAUGUGGACAAAAUCUCUCCUGUGAAGAUCUGUGAUUUUGACCUAGGCAGUGGGAUCAAGCUGAACAGCGACAGCUCACCUAUCUCCACUCCAGAGCUCCUCACUCCGUGCGGCUCAGCAGAGUACAUGGCUCCGGAGGUGGUGGAGGCCUUCAGUGAAGAGGCCACCAACUAUGAUAAGCGCUGUGACCUGUGGAGCCUGGGUGUCAUCCUCUACAUCAUGUUGAGUGGCUACCCGCCCUUUGUGGGCCACUGUGGGAGUGACUGUGGUUGGGAUAUGGGUAAACCCUGCCACACUUGCCAAAAUAUGUUAUUUGAGAGUAUCCAGGAAGGGAAGUAUGAGUUUCCUGAGAAGGACUGGGCAAACAUCUCCUCAAGUGCCAAAGACCUGAUUUCCAAACUUCUUGUUCGGGACGCCAAGAACCGCCUAAGUGCCGGCCAGGUUUUGCAGCACCCCUGGGUGCAAGGGGGCUUCUCUGACACUCUGCCAACAUCCAUCCUACAUCAAAGGAACAGUGCCAAGGACCUGACGUUCUUUGCUAGCAAGGCAGUGGCCAUGAACCGGCAGCUGGCUGAGCAGGCUGUGAUGGAGGAGCAGCAGAUUGACGAGGGCCCAGUGGUCAUCACAGCUAGCUCUACCUCCAUGCGCCUCUCUCCUCCAUCCAACUCCCAGCUGGCCAGGCGCAGGCAAAGGGGCAGCCGUCUUCAGACUGGCCCAGUCUCUGCGUCUGAGCUCUGCCAGCUCCUUGCACCGCUUGCCAUCACAUCAUCAUGUGCCUGAACCCCCCCCCCCCCACACCGUCCCAGGAGAUUACUGCCAUGCCUGUUCUCUCUCCUAACUGCCUUCUGCCCUGAAGCAGCACUUCUACAGCACAUUGACUGGGGUAUACAUGCACACAACCAGGCUGAGUGGCUGCUGGGCCUGGUUGACACUGGAAGGUCAGUGGUAGGGGCUUUUCAAACAGUCUACAGUGUUUGAACUAAGUUUAGACACCAAAGGUCUGUUUUGCGGUUUCCUCGUGUUAUAACUGGAUCCACUGUGAAUUACGUUUAUCUGGAAUGUUUCCCCAUGCACCCAAUGUCUGUAUGCAUACAUGCUUAUGCAAAAGCCAAGAGGAAGGCCUUAUGAGUGGAGGGAUUCAGUGAACAGUUCAGAAGGUUUGAAGUUGAUGCAGUUCAUGCCUGCUACAGUCCAUUCUGUGGUUGAGACUUUCAAAGCACUUCCGGUUUAUUUUGCUUUAUCUUCAUGAAUGUGUCUAAAUGCCCCUUGUCUGCUGAAGGUUUGUGCUCAGUGUACGAAACCUCGUUGCUCUGCACUUAAGCCUGUACUGGAGAACCACUCUGACCAUCCCUUAUGCUGCAAUGCUUAACAGUACAGUUCCACCUUAACAAACCACCAAUGGCCAUGCAUCAUUCAAUAUUCAUCUGUGUUCUGUCAUCAGGGAAUUCCUCCAGAAUCUCUGCAGUGCAGUAGGGCAGGGGUGGCAAACUAAGGCCAGUGAGCCGAAUCUGGCCCGCUAGGCAACUCCAUGCUGCCCGCAGUAGGUACAAUUGGAAUUACUUAGGUAUUAUAAGGGACUUACAGUAAAAAUGUUGCCCUCUUCUGGCCUGCAAAUAUUUGAUUACAAAAACAAUGUGGCCAUUUAAUUUCCAAAUCCUGAUGUGGCCCCUCCCUUGCAUUGGGGCUCAGGUCAGUGUGUUUAGCCUGCUGACACGUGGUUCAGCACCCACUCAGUUCUUGGCACUUGUAUAUUUGGUGUGCUGUCAUCUGACUAAGAUGUAUUACAUGUGAACAUAUUUACUGUUUUUUUUGUGACUGCUGUUAUUAAAAGCACAUUUGGCUGAUUUAGCUAACCUUUUAUUUUUUUAUCAGGGUUGAAAGGGGAACUUAAUGCUAUCCUCUCCAACAGCCAUUUAGAAACCCAGGUCUGGAGGAAUGCCUGUCAGUCUGCAGCCUCACUAAUUUGUUUCAGUACAUUGACUUGACUGGCUGCUUCGUUCUGAUACAUUUUUGUUAGUCACUUAGCAGAUUCUCUAAUCCAUAGCUCCUUACAGGAGUAAUUUGGGUUCAGUGUCUUACUCAAGGACAGAAUUUUGGACCUUGCUGGCACUGAUUUGAGCUAGGAGCAUUUUGGUUAUCUAAUUGGUAGGUUGUCACCCAAAACGACCAAGUUUCUGAUACUCCUAAGUUUUCUAAAGUGGAAAUGGAAAUUGAUUGGUCAUGAUUACCAUUUUAAUGUUAAAUGUGUUUGGGGACUAGGUAUUUUAAAGGGUUUUUAAAGCAAUUAUUUUUUUACCCAAGCCGCCCACAGACCGGUCAUGCCAUCUCUUGUUCCUGGUUGAGAAUGGCUGCUCUACAAUGUGGUUCACAUCUGAUCAGAAUCAAACUUUUUAUAUAAAAUAUAAACCAAAAAUGUAGGUAAAGCAUUCCGGGUGGGGUAGUGGGUGUAGAUCAAUUUUAGAUUUUAAACGUUCAACUCCAUACCAAGGUGGGACUGCAACACUUAUUUUUUUUAUUUUUAAUCCUUAUGCAGUUGUUCAUGUGGAACACCGGAUGUUGUUUUGGAAGCAAACAAGGGUUUGUUCCUGUUGAAAGUACAGCACAAGUUAUGUAUACUUUUCUAUGAAUGCCAAGUCAAGGCUUUUUCAAAAACUGUCUUAUGUGAAAGUUCUGGCAAUGAUCUAUUUGGAAACUAUUUUCAAUAUUUCCAAAAUUGACAUUAUGGCUAGAGUCUUUAGAGAACCUAUUGCCAUUUGCCAAAGAAGGUAAAAUACAUUUAAAUAUGACUUGUGAGGUCUGAUGUUUAAGAGGGAGAUCUCUCCCAUUACCAAGGAGUAAGAAUCUACUGUUUUAUGGGACUCUGGAGGGGAAAACAUUUAUCCCUUGACAUCAAAGGGCCCAUUAUGCUGAUAAUAGGACACUGAUUGUAAUUCUUUUUAAAGAAAUUUCCACAUUUUGUUUUAUGUCUUAUAGUAAGACUUACUUGAAUUUACUGUAUAUGCAGCGGUUUUUUAGGGAAACUGCUUUGCUAACAAUCUGAACCCAAGCAUUAAGCUUUGUAGGGCAAUCUUUUGGGUUUUGAAAUACCUAUACAAUUCAGUAUUUCUGCCUUUUAUAGUUUUGAAAAUGCAUUACAUUUCUGCCUUCACCUGUAUUUGAUGACUUUCUCCCUACAUUUUGUUAGGGUGGGUUUCUUGAAAAUGCUCAUGUAGGACUUCAAAGGUAUAUAAUCUUUGUUUGAAAAAUGUUUGUCCAAAGCGGUAGUCAUGCACUGCCUUUUAUCUGGAACAUGGAUAAAGGCUAUCUUGCCUUGUUUUAAACUUUUUAAAUGCUUUUUUUUUUUAACAAACACUCAACUUGUUAGUCAUUAACCUUUCCACAAUUCGAAUGUAGCCUGCAGGCAAUUGAGUGUUCAAUAAUGUUUGAUAUGUUUUUCAUACAUAGUUCAGUUUCAAUGAUGUAUCCUUUUGUUUUUCUACAAUGUGGUUAUAUCCUCAAAUGUUGAUCCUUCUCUUCUAAGUUGACUUGCUUGUUAAGUUGUGAUACUUGUCAGCCCAAAAUAAUGGGACAAAUGUUUGAAUCAUUUUUGAGACAAAAGCAUUGAUUUAUAUGAGCACUUUACCAUGUGAAUGAUUGCAGUUCAUGCAAAGCAAAAUUUGACUUGCAGACUUUUGUAAUUUUUUUUCUAGAUAAAUAAAAACCAUAACUGCUUUGAA